AUGCCCCCGCCGAAUCCCCCACCCUACGACACGUCCAUAUUCGGUACAUACCUCCCACUCUCAGCGCGCCACGGCGUCCAGGCAGCCCGUCGUCUGCCGCACAACUCCGGCCCCAUGUUCAACCCCCACACCCGGAUCAACGAAGCAAUCAAUUCACUAUGCGCAUUCCGCCACUCCAUGUCCGAGCUCGAGACCCAGCACCGCAGCGCUCUCGAGACUAAAGACGCUGAAAUGGCAACCCUCCAGCAGCGCUUCAACGGACUAAACACACUACAUCGUUCUACCAAGGCUCGAAUCGACGACAAAGUCCUAUUGCAGGGCAAACUGCAAAACGACAUGAAGAUACUGAAGCGGGAACUCGCGGCUGAGAAGGCAAAGAAGGGUAUUGUUGACGAGGAUAUGGAAAAACGGUUGGGAGAGUUGCGACAGGAGAAUGGCUUGUUGACUGCGAAGGUGGCGGGACUGGAGAAGGAGCUUGCGGAUGAGAGGGCGAGGGGGAAGGAGAAUAGGGAUGCGAAGAGGGAGUUGGAGGUUAUGAAGACGAAGUUGGCGGAUAUGGUUAAGGGGGAGAAGGUUAAAAUUGAGGUUGUUGAGUAG